AUGGCUCCCAAAACGCUCAUUGCACCGUCGAUUCUGUCGGCCGACUUUGCACAGCUCGGUGCAGAAUGUGCCCGGACCAUGGAGCAAGGUGCAGACUGGCUGCACGUUGAUAUCAUGGACGGCCACUUCGUGCCAAACAUUACCUUUGGGGCGCCCGUAGUGGCCAAGGUGCGGCCGCACGUCGAGAAGCCCGCGCAGCCCGCCGGCCGAGGGACGUUUGACUGCCACAUGAUGAUUGCUGAGCCCAAGAAAUGGGUCAAGGAGUUCAAGAAGGCCGGCUGCGACCUGUACUGCUUCCACUACGAAGCUGCGUUCUCCUCCGCCGCAGAGUCCCCCGAAGAGACGACCGAUAAGAAGACGAGCCCUAAGGAGCUGAUUCGAUAUAUCCACGACAACGGGCUGCUGGCGGGCAUUGCCAUCAAGCCUGACACAUCCGUCGAUGUGCUGUGGGACAUUCUCGAGAGCUCUGAUGCCAAGGAACGACCUGAUAUGGUUCUGGUCAUGACGGUCUACCCCGGCUUUGGAGGUCAAAAGUUCAUGGCGUCGGAGCUGCCCAAGGUGCAGGAGCUGCGCAAGCGAUACCCCGAGCUGAACAUUGAGGUUGACGGAGGCCUGGGGCCCAGCACGAUUGACCAGGCGGCGGAAGCUGGUGCCAAUGUCAUUGUUGCGGGAAGUGCCGUCUUUGGAGCCAAGGACCCGGCCGAGGUGAUUUCAUUGCUGCGCAAGUCUGUCGACACUCGGGGAGGCAAGCUGUAG